GUUCAUCGCAAGCCAAUACGACGUCACUUGCAGUAGUCUUUCUUUACUCUCUGCCGUUUGCAUCUGGAUCCGUGUUCGUUUGCUGCGAAAACGAAAGGAUUGAGCGACAAAAUCUUCAUUAUUUGUUUGGUAAUUUCCUUCUCAGGAACCGUCGGCCCAGCUCAAUCUCUCUCACUGUUUGAUUGAGUUACUUAGAGCUUUUUUUUCAAGAGAGAAGAGAUACAAUGGAUGAUAGCUGUGCUGUUUGUGCGGAGACACUUCAAUGGGUAGCAUAUGGCCCCUGUGGCCAUCGUGAGGUCUGCUCCACCUGCAUUAUCCGCCUCCGUUUCAUAUGUGGAGACUCCCAUUGCUGCAUCUGCAAGAGUGAAUCUAGAAUCAUCUUUGUCACGAAGGCUUUAGGCAACUAUACAAGGAUGAUUAAUGACUUUUCAGUUUUCCCAGCUGAUCCAAUGGAAGGUCAAGUUGGACUGUACUGGUAUCAUGAAGGAACACAAGCAUUUUUUGACGAUCCUGAUCACUACAAGAUGAUAAAGGCCAUGUGCAGGCUAUCGUGUGGCGUUUGUGAUAAGAUAAAUGAACUAAGGAGUGAAGAGUCAAAGAGAAAAGGGGAGUUUAAAAAUGUUGAGCUGCUGAAAAAUCAUUUAUUCCAUCGUCAUGGGCUGUUCAUGUGCAGUCUGUGUUUGGGGGGUCGGAAGAUAUUUAUCUGUGAGCAAAAGCUAUAUACUAAAGCACAAUUGGAUCGGCAUACAGAGACAGGUGAUUCAGAGGUAGAUGGCAGUGAGACCGAAAGAGGUGGAUUUAAUGGACAUCCUAUGUGUGAUUUUUGUAAAAAUCCAUUUUAUGGAGAUAACGAGCUGUACAUGCAUAUGUCUACCGACCAUUAUACUUGCCAUAUGUGCCAAAGGCAGCAUCCAGGACAAUAUGAAUACUAUAAUAAGUAUGAUGACUUGGAGAAUCAUUUUUCUCAAGCACAUUUUUUAUGCAAGGAUGAGGACUGCCUAACAAAAAAGUUUGUUGUUUUUGCAACUGAGUCUGAGAUAAAGAGGCAUAAUGCCAAGGAACAUGGAGGGAACAUGUCUCGCUCUAGGCGUAAUAUUGCUCUUCAGAUACCAGUGAGCUUCCGGUUUAGGAGAAGUAAUGAGCAAGAACUUCAUGGUAGAGGACAUGGUUCUCGUUUUGAUGCUGCAGACAAUCAACUUUCCUUGGCCCUUCAAGCUAGCCUUGAUACAGCCACCAUGGAAAGGUGUCAUAAUACAUCAUCUAGUACCCAAGAAGUUUUUGUUCGCCAAGAAACAAAUGAACUUGAAACUAUUGUUGGUUCUUUUGAGUCAUUGGCUACUGCAGAAUCUGAGCCAUCUUCAAGAUGCUCUCAUGAAUUAAGAGAAAACUCCCGGAAUGAACUACAGCAAGAAUCAGCCUUCCCUCCACUUCCGGUGGUUCAAAGUGACAGGCGAUUUAGAAAUGGUUCAGAAGGAUUGAGUGGUAGUACAAUGGCUUCUCGCAUACGUCGGCUUAACAAAGUAACAGUCCUGAAUUCUUCUCGAUCUUGGUCCACCACAAAUCGACAACCUAAAUCAUCUGCCAGUAGUUCACACCAGAAAAAACCCUCUUCGGCCUCUGGGCUCAUGUCAUCAUCUAGCUCUCCUGUAUUUUCCCCAAGUAAGACUGCUCCAGUUAGACAAGCUUCAACUACUGGGUUUGUAUCAUCUAAUUUUGCUAGUUCAAGAAAUUCAACUGGAACCAGCAAGGUCACCCGCUCUUCUUCACCUCCAAACCUUAUCAAGAGUGGUUCUUUGAACUCUGAUUUUCCUUCUGUUUCUGCUACUCAAACAAAUAAAGAACCUGCAAGUAGUCGGAGAUUACCAAGGGUUGGAGAUGUACACACUGUCAACAAGUCUCUUGUGGAAAAAAUCCGUGAUGCUUUAGAAUCUGAUGAGAACAAAUUCUCUGCAUUUAAAGAAAUAUCUGCAGAGUACCGCAAGGAUAUUAUUAACACAGAGGAAUAUCUUGCCUAUGUCUACCAGUUUGGCCUGUCACAUCUGGUUCUUGAGCUAGCUAGACUCUGUCCUGAUGCUGAGAAGCAAAGAGAGCUUGUUGAGACUUACAAUUUUAAUAUGAAGAGCAGUGGUUCUCAUGAAAUCAAUUUGUGUAAUGGCAGCAGCAAGUCAAGGAGCAAAAGUUCCAAGAAAGGAAAGGAAAAGUGUGAAGAUAAUGGAAUUAGCAGUUCAAAAUAUGCUUUGCCAGAUUGUCCUAUCAACCCUGUCAGGAAUUUGCAAUCAAAUCAUAAACCUCCAGUAGAAGAUGCAGCAGUCUUGUUGAAGGAUGCUAUUCAUUCUGCCAAAGGAAAAUCAAAGAUUUCAAUUGAGGAUGUAAUUCCAGGAAAUCAAAUGCUGAUGGGUCAAAAUGGUUUUCAGUCAACUGGUGGCAGCUCAAAUAAAAAUUUGGGAACUGGGGGAGGAGGUAAUAAGCAACGGAAAAAGACUCCAAAGUUUCUCAGAAACCGGCUUGGUAAUGAUGCUACUGAACUUUCAGAACUUGGUGAUUGUGAAGAAAAAAAAGAUGGAGACAAGGAUCCACCAGAACGGUUGCCAGUGCAUGGAGUUUGGCAAAAUGGAGGUGGUCAUAGACUCGUGAAGAUGACCAUGAGGGAUCAUAUAAAACGAUAAUUUGUCUAAUCCAAGUGGAGAACUACCAGUUUGUAAUUAUGAGGGCUGGCACCAGAUGGAGUAUCUCUUUUUGUAUGAAUGUGCUAGUCUGUUUCAUAUGUGGUCUGUAUGUUUUCUGCAGCACUAGCAAAUACUUGUGUAGAUGUUAAUGGAUGUGUGGCAGCAGAUUUUAUUUAGAAGUGGCCUUGAAACA